AUGGACAACGUCGACGUCCUUCGUAACUCUGUCUCUCCAGAUGACUCUACAGCAAAGAUCAGCGCAUAUUAUUCCCUUGUUUUCCCAAACAUCACUUUCUAUCUUCAGACCCUGACGGUGACUAUUGGGCGACGCUGCAUACCCAAUGCGUCUACGUCUGCUGGCGACAACAGUCCUGUUGAUGUCGAUUUGGGACCUCUCAAGAGUGUAUCCAGACUCCAUGCCAAGAUCGAGUACGAGGAGGACGAUGAGCGCUUUGUUCUCGCUGUCGUAGGCAGAAACGGCGCUUGGGUGGACGGUGUUUGGUCUGGCAGCGGUAGCAGAGUUCCUUUGGGGGAAAGGUCUCAAAUACAGAUAGCUUCUAGGACUUUCCAUUUCGUGCUCCCUCCCCCUCCAGCACCGGAAGACUCGCCAUCUCCGAGUUCAAAUUCAUCAGUACAGCGCGCACGUUCACCCUCUGUCGAUAUUACGUCUAUAUCACCACCAUCCUCUCUUCCCUCAAACUCUCCGCCCCCCGUCUCCGUACCAGUUCCGCCGCCAAAGUCGCCAGACCCGCAGCUCCCGAACACGAACAGCAUAUCCAGGGUAAAAACCGCCCCAAAAAAGCGCAAGAAAUCAGACCUGCCCAUACCAAAGCCAGAGGUUAUGCCUCCCAAACCCCAGUUUACAUACGCUCAGCUCUGUUAUCGAGCUAUUAAGGCAAUGGGCGGGAAGGCAACGCUGCAGGAUAUAUGUUCGUGGAUGAUGGAGAAUUACGACUGGUAUCGGUACAACGAGGGUGCAGGGUGGGAGAACUCUGUUCGGCAUAAUUUAUCAUCCGGCCGUGCAUUCAAGAAGAUGGAGAGGAGUUCCGGAGAGCGAGGGAAGGGGUUUUAUUGGUCCAUAGACGAACAAUAUGAACACACCUUCGAGGAGCAGGAAGCCAGAUCACAAGCCGCAUCGUCAAGUACGGGUGGCAAAGACGGAAAGGGCAGGAAGAAGGAGAAGGCAGCGCCUCUAGAACCUGCACUCAAGCGCAGCGUCAAGGGCGACAUCAAAGGCGUCACUCUUCCGCCACCGUUAACAUCAGCGCCGCUAUCAUUCAAGUCUUCUAAUUCCUCUAUACCGCACACAAAUCCGUUGACAACAGCCCCCCUUGCGAGCCCUUUCACAACCACACCCAUUAUUAAGCCAGAGCUCACGGCACCCAAGCUCACUUCAACAGUGUACACGGCACCAGGAACCGCAUCUCCGCAUGUGGCUCCUGCACUAGCAUCGACUCCUUCAUUAGAAUCUUCCACAUGUGCGGCAUCUGCACCCUUCUCAGCAUUGCCGGCAUCUGUUUGCCUACCCAUCAUUGUCGGACCUGUUCCACCUUCGCAUCCUUCAUCCUCGAACCCUGAGCAGGCACAACCCAUCAUUCUUCAUAAUAAUACCCUUAUAUUAUCACCCACAAUCUUUUCACAUUUGUCUCCAGAGCAGCUAAGAGAGCUCGAGGCGCUCGGCGCUCAGAAAGCUCUAGAGAUCUUACAAGGUCAUAUCGUGCGAUAUCUCAAGGAGAAAAUGACGCGUGGACGCGGGCGGACCAAACGCGCAAGAGGUGGUCGCGGGGGCACACCCGGAUCUCGUGACAACAAAGCCCCUCCGGCAGGUGGGCCAUUUACCACUACGCCACUCCCGUCACGGACGCCUCAACUACUUACGGUGUCGGGUUUCGACAGUGCCCAGACCCAAGCACCAGCUGCCCAUCCGCCGACUGCUGAGAGCGUUGCUGUCAGUGUCGCGGAGAAGCCUCCUGUGCCUGUGCCAAUAACUGCACCUCCCCCUCGUAGCGAAUCUCCUAUCAUCGUUGUGGACGACAUUGACUCGGCCGAUGAGGGUCCCGUGAUGAAGAAGCGGCGGAUAAAUGUGGUUUGUUAG